AUGAACACCACGGCACCGACAUCGGCAGACGCAUGCCUGAGCAUUGUACAUUCGCUGAUGUGCCACAGACAAGGUGGAGAAAGUGAAGGGUUCUCUAAGAGAGCCAUUGAAUCUCUUGUAAAGAAGUUGAAAGAGAAGAGAGAUGAGUUAGACUCUUUGAUUACAGCUAUUACUACCAAUGGGGCUCAUCCAAGCAAAUGUGUAACUAUACAGAGAACACUUGAUGGUAGAUUGCAGGUGGCUGGUCGCAAAGGAUUUCCUCACGUAAUAUACGCUCGUAUUUGGAGAUGGCCUGAUUUACACAAAAAUGAACUGAAACAUGUCAAGUUUUGUCAAUUUGCUUUUGACUUAAAAUGUGACUCAGUUUGUGUAAACCCUUAUCACUACGAAAGGGUCGUGUCUCCAGGAAUUGAUUUAUCAGGACUCACACUUCAGUCAGGCCCCAGUAGGUUAGUAAAGGAUGAAUACACAGCAGGCCUCAGCGGUAACGGUAUGGACAUGGACACAGGGGAGAUGGUGACGAUACAACACCACGCCACAAGUCCUCGACACCAUCACACAACGAUACCUCAUCACCAUCAGCAAUUUCAGACGGCUAACAUCAUCAUCAAUCAGGGACAAACCCCCGAGGGCGUUCCGAACAUGUUCUCGCCGACGCACGCGCCUCGAACACCGCUGCGGACUCCUGCGCCGCCCAUGACACCUCUUGGGCACCCGCCACCGAGGCCCCAGAUGCUUGGGCCUCAUGGGCCACCUCAGAUGGCGCCCGCUCCGCAGCUACCAGCUGGACCGCAGAUGACACCAGGGCCAACGCAGUUAGCUUCUCCCCGUCUAGCAGCAGCACCUGCCCAAAUGUCACCAGCGACACCGCAAAUACCUGGCCUCAACAGGCCUAUGUCGUUGCCGAGUCCACAACACCAGCUCGCAAUGGCUCAGCAGCGUGCAGUCGCCCCAAAAUUGGAGCCACCAGACACAAUGGAUGCGCGCCAGAUGUGGCUGCCUAAACGAAUGAAUCAUUCUACAAUGCCAGUCAGUAUGUCACCGGGAGCGACAACUCCUCAGCUUAUAGACAAUACGACCACAACAUUCUUCGCUCAGGAACAAACCACCAACGAUACGACACAAUUGACGCAAACUCUGCCCAUUUGCGUUGCAGCUGGUGCGGUAUCUCCAGUAUCAGGGGAAGGUUCGCAACAGAACGGUUUCACGACAGACGGCAGUCCUGCGCCUCAACCAAGCCCAUUACCUCAUCGCACUCAACAUCAGCAGCAACAAGGUACGUGGACGGGCAACAACACGCUGACGUACACGCAGAGCCUGGCGCCGCCGCCCGCCGCGCCGCCCGCCGCCCUGGACGCGCCCGCGCACCACCACCACUACUACAAUGGCAACCCAGGAGGUUUAUUGUCAAGCCAACCUGCGCCUGAGUAUUGGUGUUCUGUUGCUUACUUUGAAUUGGAUACACAAGUAGGCGAGACGUUUAAAGUACCCUCGAGUAGACCAAAUGUUACUGUGGAUGGGUACGUGGAUCCGUCAGGAGGGAACAGAUUUUGUUUAGGCGCACUUAGCAAUGUUCACAGAACAGAGCAGAGUGAACGAGCCAGACUUCACAUCGGUAAGGGUGUGCAAUUGGAUCUUCGAGGAGAAGGCGACGUUUGGUUGCGUUGUCUAUCCGAUCACUCCGUGUUCGUGCAGUCGUAUUAUUUGGAUAGAGAAGCUGGGAGGGCGCCCGGUGAUGCUGUGCAUAAGAUAUAUCCUUCUGCUUGUAUUAAGGUGUUCGACCUGCGGCAGUGCCACCGCCAGAUGCAGUCGCAGGCCGCCACGGCGCAGGCGGCGGCCGCGGCGCAAGCGGCGGCCGUCGCGGGCCACAUCCAGCCGCAGCACCCCACUAUGAAUAAGUGUUUGUCAGCAGCGGCCGGGAUAGGCGUGGACGACCUGCGGCGCCUGUGCAUCGUGCGCCUGUCCUUCGUCAAGGGCUGGGGGCCCGACUACCCGCGCACCUCCAUCAAGGAGACGCCCUGCUGGGUCGAGGUGCACCUCCACAGGGCACUGCAGCUCCUAGACGAGGUGCUCCACACGAUGCCGAUCGACGGUCCGCGGAGCACAAUCGAGUAG